GAUACGAGGUCCCCACAAGUCGAACUCAGUAAAAUAAAAAGCGACCCGACUCAACUGGAUCCGAGAUUAACUGUGAAACCCGUCCCGUGUUUAAACCCUCCGACGACGACGAGCUCAGUCAGAGAAGAGAGAACCUCUCCCCACCCUUCUCGUUAGCUGCAGCCAUGUACGGCGGAGAUGAAGUGUCAGCUAUUGUGGUUGACUUGGGUUCGCACACUUGCAAGGCUGGUUACGCCGGAGAAGAUGCUCCCAAAGCCGUUUUCCCUUCCGUUAUUGGGGCAGUAGAUGGGGUAGAAGCAAUGGAUAUGGAUGUUGAUUCUACAAAGGCCAAUUCCGAGGAUUCAAAGACCGAGUCUGAAAAAGAAAAGGGAAAACGCAAGCUCUAUGUAGGUUCUCAAGCCUUGAGUUACCGCCGAGACCAUAUGGAGGUAUUGUCACCCAUUAAAGAUGGCAUUGUGUCUGAUUGGGAUUUGGUGGACAAUAUAUGGGAACAUGCUUUCAGGAGUUGUCUGAUGAUUGAUCCCAAGGAGCAUCCCAUGCUGCUAGCUGAGCCUCCUCUAAACAGCCAACAGCAGAGAGAGAAGGCGGCAGAGCUAAUGUUUGAGAAAUACAAAGUUCCUGCAUUGUUUAUGGCUAAGAAUCCUGUUCUCACGUCUUUUGCUACUGGGCGCGCUACUUCUUUGGUUGUUGACUGCGGUGGAGGAUCCACUACUAUUUCACCGGUGCAUGAUGGUUAUGUUCUUCAAAAGGCUGUUGUAUCAUCUCCACUUGGAGGGGAAUUUCUCACUGACUGCCUACUGAAAAGUUUGGAGAGUAAAGGAAUCAAAAUAAAACCUAGAUAUUCUUUCAAGAGAAAGGAAAUACGAGCAGGGGAAUUCCAGGUUGAAGAUGUAGAUAUUCCUGACACCACAGAAAGCUACAAACUCUUCUGCCAGAGGAUGAUAGUGGGUGAUAUCAAAGAUUCUAUAUGUCGAGUUCCUGAUACUCCCUAUGACGACAAAUCUUAUUCAAACAUCCCAACUACAUCAUACGAGCUUCCCGAUGGCCAGACGCUCGAGAUUGGUGCUGAUAGGUUCAAAGUUCCUGAUGUGAUGUUCAACCCGUCCAUAGUUCAGACGAUUCCUGGAAUGGAGAAGUAUGCAGACAUGAUUCCUUCCGUUCGUGGUCUACCACACAUGGUCAUGGAGAGCAUCAACAAAUGUGAUGUAGAUAUCCGGAGAGAGUUGUACAGUAGCAUACUGCUUGCUGGUGGCACAUCAUCAAUGCAACAGUUAAAAGAACGUCUCGAGAAGGACUUGGUCGAAGAGUCUCCCCACUCGGCUCGAGUUAAAGUGUUGGCAAGUGGUAACACAACAGAAAGAAGAUUCAGUGUAUGGAUAGGAGGGAGUAUAUUGGCAUCACUAGGCUCAUUUCAACAGAUGUGGUUCUCCAAUUCUGAGUACGAGGAACAUGGAGCGUCCUACAUUCAGAGAAAAUGCCCUUAAAGCAGCUUCAGAUUUCUGUGGAGCCUGAGAGAAGCCGAAACGUGGGAAACUAAUGUGUUAUUUUCAUUGUGUGUCGUUCGUUGGUCUUUUGAGCAUUAGUACUUGCCUGUGCCUUUGGAGUGAGUUUAGACAUUAACAAGCAUUUAGUGCUAUUUAUAAAAUUAACUUCAGUCGGAUUAUGGUUUUUGUCAAGAAUUUGUUUCAAAUAAUUUACUUUA